GUCUACAGGACCACGGCUACCGCAGCACUGAUAGGCUUGGAUACUUAGCGAGAGACAGCGACCAAACCCUUCUUCCCCCCUCUCUCUCUUCUCCUCUUUCUCAAUCUCUUGUGUCUCUCUCUGCUGUAGUAGAGACUGCAGGCUGCACACACUCAGUGAGUCCUCUCUCUCUCUGUCCUGCUGUCUCACUCAGCGUUUCAGGAACAGAAACGGACUCUUCUGCACUGUUCUCUGCAUGACUGUCACAAAGAUGUCAUGGCGGCCGACCUACCGGAGCUCCAAGUUUCGAAACGUCUAUGGCAAAGUGGCCAACCGAGAGCACUGCUUCGAGGGCAUCCCGAUCACAAAGAACGUCCAUGACAACCACUUCUGCGCGGUCAACGCCAAGUUCCUCGCCAUAGUAACGGAGAGCGCGGGAGGAGGAACCUUCGUUGUUAUCCCGGUCACUCAGUUUGGCCGUAUCGACCCUCACUAUCCGAAGGUCUGUGGUCACCAAGGCAAUGUGCUGGACAUCAAAUGGAAUCCUUUUCAUGACAACAUAAUCGCUUCUUGUUCAGAGGACGCUUCUGUGCGGAUAUGGGAGAUUCCUGAUGGUGGACUGAGGAGGAAUUUGACAGAGUCUGUAUUAGAACUGUAUGGCCACAGCAGGCGUGUGGGGCUCAUAGAGUGGCACCCAACCACUAGUGGGAUUCUCUUCAGUGCUGGUUAUGACUACAAGAUUCUUAUUUGGAAUCUUGAGAUUGGAGAGCCGGUGAAAAUGAUUGACUGUCACACAGACGUGAUCCUCUGUAUGUCAUUUAACACAGAGGGCAGCCUACUGGCCACCAGCUGCAAGGACAAGAAGCUCCGCGUCAUCGAGCCUCGCUCUGGCAAUGUGUUACAGCAGGAGGCGAACUUUAAAAACCACAAAGUGAGCCGUGUUGUGUUCCUAGGCAACAUGAAACGACUCCUAACGACAGGUGUGUCUCGCUGGAACACACGCCAGAUUGCUCUCUGGGACCAGGAGGAUCUGUCCAUGCCAAUCAUUGAGGAGGAGAUUGAUGGCCUUUCAGGAUUGCUUUUCCCUUUCUAUGAUGCAGACACACAUAUGCUCUACUUAGCAGGAAAGGGUGAUGGGAACAUCCGUUACUACGAGAUCACCCUGGAGAAACCCUACCUGCAGUAUCUCAUGGAGUUCAGGUCCCCUGCACCACAGAAAGGGCUCGGAGUGAUGCCGAAGCAUGGGCUGGAUGUAGGAGCGUGUGAAGUCUUCAGGUUUUAUAAGUUGGUCACUCUAAAGGGUCUGAUUGAGCCAAUCUCUAUGAUCGUGCCUAGAAGGUCAGAGACAUAUCAGGAGGACCUUUAUCCCAUGACUCCUGGGACAGAACCUGCUAUGUCUGCCGAUGAGUGGCUCAGUGGAAUCAACCGAGGUCCAGUGCUCAUGUCUUUAAAAGAGGGCUACAACAGACCAAACAAACUGGUGUUCAAGGCCCCUGUGAAGGAGAAGAUGGGUGGAGUGGUCAAUGGGAUUGACCUGCUAGAAAACGUGCCUCCCCGUACAGAGAACGAGCUCUUGCGGAUGUUCUUCAGGCAGCAGGAGGAAUUGCGGCGACUGAAGGACGAACUUACGCAGAAGGACAUUAAGAUUCGACAGCUUGAGCUGGAGCUCAAUAACAUAAGAAACAGCCCAAACAUCAACAACAAUAACAACAGCAGCAGCAAUGGUAGCAGCAUUUGACACUGGAUUUGUGCUGUGUCUGGUGAUCUCCUAAAGUGAGCGCUGCUGAAACACAGGGGCUUCCUUCUCCUAAAACCAAGACCACAGGAGAGCAAGCGCUUGUCUUUAUAAAGCAGUGUCUCGCUCUGACCCCCAGUGUGGACCCCACAGCUGCUGUGUGCCAAGUCGACUUUAUUGGAGUGAUGAUUCACUAACCCUGUGAAAACUGUCCCAUUACAUGACCUUCAGCCACACUGAUGGUCUACCUGCAGCGGAUUGAUUCUCUCUAUUUGGAUUGGUUUUGGUACAAGCUAUUCAUUGCAUUAUCAUCUCAUAAUUGUAGACCUCACUAGAUUUAAUUAUUAGAAUUAUUUAUUUCAUUUUUUUCUUUAUGCAACUUAGCCUCGUUAGCUAAGCUAAAUUCCUUAAUAAACUCCAUGUAGAGAAGAAACGUGUUUUAAUGAGGUCAAACAGGGAUGCUUCACCCAUCAAGCUGUUAUCUCAUGUAAACACUAAGUAUAUUGCAUCAUUUUGAUAUGACUGCCCAGUGCUGUUUUAAUGUUGAAACUCAAACACCCCAGUUCAAUAAUCUUACACCACAGAUGGUAUUUAUCCAAUUGACAUGAUCCUAAAUCUAGAAGUAUUGGGUUUUACUAAUAUAAGUUGUGCACUGUGUUCCUUCACAUGUGAAGUAUGUUCAGGUCAGUUAUUGACGGCAAUUCAAAAGGGUUUUUAAGUUAAAUAAAGCUCAGAAUAAUUUCAGAAUAAAUUUAGAAAAAAUACAGUUUGCACCUGAUGAAAAUAUAAAAGUCCACAAAUUGUAAAAUGCAAUUAUUAAUAAUAGAAAUAAAUGAGUAAUAGGUAUAAGAGACUUACACUGUAUUUCUGUAGGAAAGUCAAGUUUGGAGACAACAUGAGAAAAAGAAUGUUCGAUAAUGAGACACAAAAAUGGCAAUACUUCAUUAAUGGCAAUACUUCAUUUUAAAGACUUACUGUGAUUCAUAAAGCAUAAAGUUACUUUUUUAUUAAAUUUUAAAUCAAACCUA